UGCAAGCAAUAUGACCUGAAGCAAGCAUCUCUUCCCCAAAUGGAAACAACUGAGGAUUUGUCUGAGAGAAGCGAAGUGGCCUACUUCCGGCAAGUGUUCUCUCCACAGCCAACGGAUGUUCCUGGUGGUGAGCAAUAUGCAGAAAAGAAAAAGAAGAAUUCGAAGUAUGGCCAUUAG